GCCAGAUAACCUUUCCUCCUCCUGGUCUACUACUGGUAACGAGUCCUUUUACAGACCUUUGAACUCCUGCAGUUCAUCUUUGCAAGGGGUCACUCAAAAAUCCUUCCACUUCUCUCCCCAAGUGCUUUCCAAUACAAAGGACCAACCACCCCCGCCCCUUUUCCGCCCCUCUUCCUCCCCGUAUGACUCUGCGAUGAGGAUAGCUUGGCUUCUACACGCCUAGUCGUACGUGCAUUUGAAUGAGAACUCUUCAACCCAGGCCACGUUUGGCGGUUUCGUGAACAUGGCGGACGAUAAUCCGGCCCUCCACAAUGCAUUGCAUGCGCUCGACAGGGAGUAUGAGGAUGGUGAGAUUACUGAGAAAGGUUAUCAGAAACGGCGCACGAUCCUCCUCUCCCAAUUCUACAACCCCGGCAUGGGUCUGGAUUUCAAUUCCCCCAGUCCAGGUCCUUCGUCGUCCAUGAACAGUGGGAGUCAAGUUCCUCCGGCGAUCCUGAACGUUCGCCCACCUACGGCAGACUCCUCGGCUCAUGGUUUUGCGGGCGGCCAUGAUACCAUGUACAGCAACGGAGGAUUCGGAGCCGAUCGAAGAAUCAGCGAUACUACGCAGGGGUCCAUGGAACGAGAUAAUUCGAUGCUGCAGCAGUUGGAUCGCAUGCCUUCCACGGGAUCCUACGAUUCCCUGUUCCUCCCGAGACCACCUCCACAGCCCGUACCGGUCGCGACGGAGGAUUCCAGAACCGCCACCCUUUUGACGCAGAACUAUGCCUUUAACCCCCCUGUCGUUCAUGAUCAGUAUGACGACGGUAUGGGUGUUUAUGAUAUGCCGCCCGGUGCGGUCACGCGGCAGUCGACCAUGCUGGACUCGCAGCAGGGGUUCUUCUCCGACUUCGCGGGUCAGCAGCAGGAUGAUUACCGGGACAGUUACGGAGGUAGUGGAUUCCACCGCUACUCCCAGUCCGAUGCCUUCUCCCCGACCGCGAAUAUGGCGCCCCCGCUGAUCCCCGCGUCGGAGCUCCCCCACGGGCCCGCCAUUGAUCACCUACUGCCCCUGGAGCCUCGCGACAUCCCGUUCGCGGUCCAUGACCCCCAUGACCACAAUACCACAAUGUCCAAUUUUGACAACAUCCCGGCGGUCCUCCGCCACCGUGCCAAGGCCCAUGCGAAACAGGCCGCGUACUGGGUGCUGGAUCAGAAGGGCAAGGAGAUUGCCUCCAUCACUUGGGACAAAUUGGCGAGUCGCGCCGAGAAGGUUGCGCAAGUCAUUCGUGACAAGAGCAACCUCUAUCGUGGCGACAGAGUGGCCCUGAUCUAUCGGGACACCGAGAUCAUCGAGUUCGCCGUGGCCCUCAUGGGUUGUUUUAUUGCCGGGGUCGUUGCUGUCCCGAUCAACAGUCUCGAGGACUACCCCAGCCUCAACCUGAUUCUCACGUCGACUCAGGCACACCUUGCCCUGACGACGGAGAACAACCUCAAGACCUUCCAAAGAGACAUCACCACUCAAAAGUUAAAUUGGCCGCGGGGGGUGGAGUGGUGGAAGACCAACGAGUUUGGCAGUUACCAUCCCAAGAAGAAAGAGGAGGCUCCGGCCCUUGUUGUUCCCGACUUGGCCUAUAUCGAGUUCGCGCGAGCCCCAACCGGCGAUUUGCGCGGUGUCGUCAUGAGUCACCGCACGAUCAUGCACCAAAUGGCAUGCCUCAGCGCCAUGGUGUCGACGGUGCCUGGGUCGUCGAGUGGGCGGCCUCAUGGUGAGACGAUCAUGAGUUACCUUGACCCGCGUCAAGGGAUCGGCAUGAUCUUCGCCGUGCUCCUCACCGUGUAUGGCGGCCACACGACUGUCUGGCUCGAGGAUCGAGCGGUCGAGACCCCGGGUCUCUACGCCCACCUUAUCACCAAGUACCGGGCCACUCUCUUGGCCGCCGAUUAUCCGGGCCUGAAGAUCACGGCCUACAACUACCAGCAAGAUCCCAUGGCAACCCGCCACUACAAGAAGAAUUCUGAACCUAAUUUCGCAAGUGUGAAGCUCUGUCUCAUCGAUACGCUAACGGUUGAUUCGGAGUUCCAUGAAAUUCUUGCGGACAGAUGGCUGAGACCGAUGAGGAACCCGAGAGCCCGAGAGAUCGUCGCCCCCAUGCUAUGUUUGCCGGAGCAUGGCGGCAUGGUGAUCAGCGUCCGUGACUGGUUAGGCGGUGAAGAACGGAUGGGAUGUCCUCUGACGCGCGACAUGGACCAAACGGACCUCCAGGAAGCCAAAGAAGAAGAGAAACGGCACGAAAAGGCCGGAAGCAAAAGUGGUUUCGGAAGCAGUCUCCUGGGCGGCGGAUCGACCGCCCCGGCGCCCAAGGAACAAACCAAGAAUGACCUCGGAGAAGUCCUCCUUGACAAGGAAGCCCUCAAGAGCAACGAAGUUGUGGUCUUGGCCAUGGGCGACGACGCCCGAAAAUAUGCUGCCACCAUGCCGCAUGCCGUGCGUGUUGGCUCUUUUGGCUACCCCAUCCCCGACGCCACUCUCGCCGUUGUCGACCCGGAGACUAAUCUCUUGUGUACGCCCAAUGUCGUUGGCGAAAUCUGGGUGGACUCCCCCUCGCUUUCCGGAGGGUUCUGGGCAUUACCGAAACAUACCGAGGCGAUCUUCCAUGCACGCCCUUACAAGUUCGAGGAAGGCAAUCCGACGCCAGUCUUGGUGGAGCCAGAGUUCCUACGGACGGGGCUGCUGGGAUGCGUGAUCGAGGGGAAGAUCUUCGUCCUGGGGCUUUAUGAGGAUCGAUUGCGUCAGAAGGUUGAGUGGGUUGAGCACGGACAGGAAAUUGUUGAACACAGGUAUUUCUUUGUUCAGCACAUGAUUGUUAGCAUCCUGAAGAAUCUGCCCAAGAUCCACGACUGCACCGCUUUCGAUGUCUUUGUCAACGAAGAGCAUCUUCCGAUCGUGGUCCUGGAAUCAUAUGCAGCGUCGACGGCACCGACAACGUCCGGAGGUCCUCCACGACAACUCGACUCGGUUCUUCUGGAGUCUUUGGCAGAACGGUGCAUGGAGGUUCUCUACCAUGAGCACCAUUUGCGGGUCUUCUGUGUGUUGCUCACGGCUCCCAAUACCCUUCCCCGUGUCACCAAGAAUGGGCGGCAAGAAAUUGGUAACAUGCUCUGCCGGAAGGACUUCGACGCUGGGAGCCUACCGUGCGUCCACGUGAAAUUUGGCGUCGAGAGGUCAGUCUUGAAUCUGCCCGUUGGGGUCGACCCAGUUGGAGGGAUCUGGUCCUCUCUCGCUGUGAAUGCAAGACAGGAACUUCUGUCCCUGCAGGAAAAGCAGUACUCUGGUGUCGACUACCGUGAUGUGGUCAUGGAUGAUCGUACGUCUACACCGUUGAAUAACUUCAAGUCAAUUGUGGAUCUUCUGCAAUGGAGAGUCUCCCGACAAGCGGAGGAGCUCGCGUAUUGUUCCAUUGAUGGUCGAGGGAAAGAAGGCAAGGGGAUCACCUGGAGAAAGUUUGACUUGAAGGUUGCUUCGGUGGCCAACUACCUCAGAAACAAAGUCAAGGCUCGUCCCGGUGACCACUUGAUUCUGAUGUACACGCACUCCGAAGAGUACGUCUACGCCGUCCAUGCUUGCUUCUGUCUGGGCGUGGUGAUAAUCCCCCUAGCGCCUAUUGACCAGAAUCGCCUAUCGGAGGACGCACCUGCAUUCCUCCACAUGAUCAGCGACUUCAACGUGAAAGCGAUCAUUGUCAACAGCGACGUGGAUCAUGUCAUGAAGCAGAAGAUUGUCUCGCAGCACAUCAAGCAAUCCGCUCAGGUGCUUCGGAUAGGUGUUCCAGCUGUCUACAACACAACCAAGCCCUCCAAGCAGUCGCACAGCUGUCGCGAUCUCGGGUUUGUCAUGAGGGACACCUGGCUGCAGAGCAAUACCCCCGCUAUGAUCUGGACGUACUGGACGCCAGACCAAAGGAGGAUUUCGGUCCACAUUGGCCACGACACCAUCAUGGGCAUGUGCAAGGUGCAAAAGGAAACUUGCCAAAUGACCAGUUCACGACCUGUCCUAGGAAGCAUCCGUAGCACCUUGGGUCUGGGUUUCCUGCAUACGUGCUUGAUGGGUAUCUAUGUCGGUGCACCGACUUACCUUGUAUCGCCUGUCGACUUUGCCACCAAUCCCAUGACGCUCUUUGUCACUCUUUCGCGGUAUAAGAUCAAGGACACAUAUGCCACCAGCCAGAUGCUGGACUAUGCCAUGACGGCAAUGGCCGGGAAGGGCUUCCAGCUCCAAGAGCUCAAGAAUCUGAUGAUCUCCUCAGAAGGCCGGCCGCGUAUUGAUAUCUACCAAAAAGUGCGCCUGCACUUUGCCUCCACUGCUCUGGACCGCACCGCAAUCAAUGUUGUCUAUUCGCAUGUUCUCAACCCCAUGAUUGUCACUCGGUCCUACAUGUGCAUCGAGCCCAUCGAACUAUGGCUGGACCUGCGAGCUUUGCGGCGAGGACUUAUCAUGCCUGUGGAGUCGGAAACGGACCCAGCCGCUCUUGUCAUCCAGGAUUCCGGCAUGGUGCCAGUGAACACGCAGAUCGCCGUUGUGAACCCAGAGACAUGUGCCCUGUCUCAUGUGGGCGAAUACGGAGAGAUCUGGGUUCAGUCCGAUGCCUGCGCCAAGGGGUUCUACGGCUCCAAGCAGGAAUUCGACCACGAGCGAUUCAACGGCCACGUGUUGGAUGGAGAUCCCAAUGUUUCUUACGUGCGUACUGGUGAUUUGGGCUUCCUGCACACCGUGACAAGGCCCAUCGGGCCUGGCGGCCAGCCCGUGGAGAUGCAAGUUUUGUUCGUCCUUGGCGGCAUCGGCGAGACCUUCGAAGUCAAUGGUUUGAACCACUUCCCAAUGGAUAUUGAGAACUCGGUGGAGAGAUGCCACCGUAAUAUUGUUGCCGGAGGAUCUGCCAUCUUCCAGGCUGGCGGUCUGAUUGUGGUCGUGGUGGAGGUGACGAGAAAGGCUUACUUGGCGUCCGUGGUGCCUGUCAUUGUGAACGCCAUCCUGAACGAACACCAGGUAGUCGCGGACAUCGUGGCAUUUGUCUCGCACGGAGACUUCCCCCGGUCCCGACUGGGCGAGAAACAGCGCGGGAAGGUUCUGGCGUCGUGGGUUACGCGAAAACUGCGCACUAUCGCGCAGUUCAGCAUCCGAGACGUGGAGGGCGGCGAGAACCCAUUCGGAGAGGCGCCUCAACAUCGCGCCAGCCGCAGCUCCAAGCCAGGCAGUACGAUGGGCAACAGCGUCCGCCGGUCCAGCGUCAUGCCGGAUACCGACUCGGCCACCGUCCCUCGCUCCCCAGCGCCUAUCCUCGUCGAACAGCCCGAGGCAGCCUCCCCCCACAGUCUGACAGACCAGGGGGCGAUGAACAGCCCAACGGUGCACGCCGCGCAGUCCAUCCCCCUGAUCGCGGAACCGACGCGCCCGGGAACCUCUUCAACCGCCGGCCACCCCGACCCCUCCCUCGCCGUUCAGAACAACGCGCCGCCCGCCAACCUCGGCAACCCCGAUUUCGGGUUCGACUUUGGCGACUUCGCCCACGCCGCCACGACCUCCCCGAUCGGCGAGUCGAGCGUCCCCGCCCCGGCGACCGGAGCCCCCCUGCCGUUCCGUCCCUCCCCCAGAACCGACUCCCUCCCCAGCCAGCAGCAACAACAACAACAAAAGUACAGCGCCUUCCCAGGUGGAGCCAUACCCGAACGACCAGUGUCACGGGACACACAGAGCCACCCGGGCGACGAGCACGAUUGGCCGCAGGAAGCACUGAUGUACCAGUCGACGCUGGGCAUCGACGAGCCGCAGGGCAUGCACAGGGCACCCAGCGGCACCAGCCAAGUGCAGAGGCGCUAUGACGGGAGUGAGUACGGAGUUUGAGGGCCAGUCAGCCAGCCAGCCAGCCAGCCACCUAAACUCGCAUAUACAAAAGGAACAGAAUAGUCGUGAUGGAGUUUACAUCUAUACCCCCCAUAUGUACUGGAAUAUGCACGACAGAUGCCAUCUUUUCGUUUCAGUGCUCAUCCUUUGCCACUUUUUUUUGUUUGCUCGCUGGGUAGCCGCAGGCCAUACAUAAUACAGAUACAGAUGCAUAGUCGGCUACUCUCCCUACCACAGCAUCUUUGUAUAUAGUCACUGUGGUCUGUAAGUUUUGGACUCUAC